AUGUCUUUCUUCAACCGAUCAAACACAACUUCCACUUUAGGAACGAGCACUGCAAUGGCUAAUGAAAAGGAUUUAGCUAGCGACAUCGUCAUUAAUAGCCCUGCAGAAGACUCAAUAUCGGAUAUUGCGUUUUCGCCCCAACAAGAUCUCAUGUUUAGCGUCACUUCAUGGGACGGUAAAGUACGUAUUUGGGAUGUCCAAAAUGGUGUACCUCAAGGCAGGGCUCAAUACGAAAGCUCGAGCCCGGUCUUAUGUACUAGAUGGUCAAGUGAUGGUACAAAAGUUGCUUCAGGCGGGUGCGAUAAUGCGCUGAAGCUGUACGAUGUUGCCAGUGGGCAAACACAACAAAUUGGGAUGCAUAGUGCACCAAUAAAAGUACUACGGUAUGUUCAAUGUGGGCCCUCAAAUGCAGAGUGUGUAGUAACGGGAUCUUGGGAUAAAACCAUAAAAUAUUGGGAUAUGAGACAGCCGCAGCCUGUAUCAACACUCAUGAUGCCUGAAAGAGUGUAUUCUAUGGAUAGUAAACAAUCUUUAUUGGUAGUUGCUACUGCUGAAAGACACAUAGCCAUCAUCAAUUUAGCCAACCCAACAAGCAUAUUCAAGGCAACCACAUCGCCUUUGAAAUGGCAGACACGAUCUGUAGCAUGUUAUAAUGAAGCAGAUGGAUAUGCGAUUGGUUCUGUGGAAGGUAGAUGCUCCAUAAGGUAUAUCGAUGAUGGCAUGCAGAAAAAGUCGGGAUUUUCAUUUAAAUGCCACCGUCAAACCAAUCCUAACAGAGCACCUGGCUCUAAUGGUCAAUCGUUGGUGUACCCGGUGAAUAGUAUAGCAUUCCAUCCAUUGUAUGGUACUUUCGCUACGGCCGGUGGUGAUGGUAGUUUUAACUUUUGGGAUAAGAAUCAAAGACAUAGAUUGAAAGGUUAUCCUGCAUUGCAAGCAUCCAUUCCUGUGUGUAACUUCAAUAGAAAUGGUAGUGUAUUUGCCUACGCCUUAAGUUACGAUUGGCAUCAGGGUCAUAUGGGAAACAGACCAGAUUACCCAAACGUCAUUAGGCUACAUGCCACAAGUGAUGAAGAAGUUAAAGAGAAGAAGAAAAGGUAA